AUGUGGAGAAAAAAAUGCAUCUUUUCUUAUAUACCUUAUAAUUAUUAUCUAUUCUGGUUUAUUUUAUUCCAAGUUUUAUUUCUAAGACAAAUUCAAAGUUUUCCAGAAGAUAGAAAGGGAGAGGUUUUCAGUGAAAUUAAUACGAGUUUGAGAAGUUCUUGUUACGAUAUAGCCAACUACCUUAGCCAGACUAUGCAAGAAACUCCACCUUCAGUCGUUGGAUAUUUUGAGCUAAUAGAUUGUCUUGAGAAUCCAAAACAUGAAAAUGACCUUGAAGACAAGGCAAGGUCUGCAAUAGAAAACAUGGACAAUAUAAUGCAGGAAAUCCCAACCCAAUUUAUUGGUACACUAUUUUAUACAUGUACUGUCAAAAAAAUUGAUACAUUAUUGACUGCAAUCAUCAGAAAUGGGUUUUUCUAUGCAACCAAAGAGCUUAUUAAUAGGAAGAUUUACGGAAUACAACACCUUCUCCAUGCAAGAGAUUCUUCCAAAGAAAAUGUUAUCCACUUAUCAGUUAGAGCUGAAUCUGUAAAUUUGAUCGACUUACUCUGGAAGCAUUUAAGCAACCAAAUAAGAUUUCUUCUAGAUGAAAAGAACUACAAUGGUGAAAGACCAGUAGACCUUUCAGAAGAAAUUAGAUGUGCCACAUGUACUACCAGACUUAAAGAAAUAUAUAGAAUAACUUCUCAGGCCCAUUUAUCGGAAUUACCACCACCUCCUCCAGUCCCCCAUAUUCCAGAACUGGAAAUAUUGCAAAGUGUUGAAACAAAUGAUGAUGAAAUUGAUGAAAAUAACGAACACAAAAUAAAGUCUAAGACCAAAAAAAAGAACAUCCGAAAAGUCAAGAAUAAAGAAAAUGACCAGUAUGAUCACUCCCAAAACUUUUCUCCAUUAGGAAGUGAGGAAGAUUAUUCAAAGCUUCACAAUGCGGGAUAUAUUGACUUUAAUGCAAUGGUUUCAGCAGAACAGAAAAAUAACAUCUUCGAUAGUAAGAUGAUUUUAGCUAUAACAUGCGCCAUUGCACUUUUGAUUUUUAUUAUAUCUUGUGUCUGUCUUUUAAAAAAGUAA